UGUACGCUCUGGUCCGGUUUCCAUGUUUGUACGUAUUAUCUGACCAUUCUCUCUUUCUGUCUGGUGCUGCGUCGUUUUCACUCUGGCCAUAUUCAAUUCGCCAAUGUAUGCUCAGAUUACCAGAACAAAGCACGAAAGAGCCUGAUUAGGAGAAAUCCCCGCUGUCCAGCGUCAUGAGGAAAAUUGAUUGAUGUCCGUCGGGGUUAUGUGAAAAUGAAUGCGCAUUAGUGGCCUGUGGAAAGGGGAAAGCAGCCGUAUUAUAUCUUUUCCUCCUUUUCCGUCGCAUCGUUUGCGCUGCGUUACUGCCAUCAAACUGACCACGUUGAGCAACGCCGAUUGCGAUUUUGCGUCCUAAUGCGCUCGGCUCUGCUCGGAUGAACACACUAGGGGAAGCGUUAUUAUCAUGAAAUGGAGAAUGUGAAUAUAUUGUGCUAAAAUAAAUCCACGUUCUUUCCGUACAGUUUCGAAGGAGAUUGGAAUUUUGUUGUGGCAUGUGGAGAUUCUGCGUCGCGGCAUUUAACAGGUCAAUCUGUUUGCUUAGCCGAGUCGGCGAAAAAUGCUGUCUCAAGUGUGUUGGCUGAUUUUAUUUUGGAGUGCUACCCGGUUAUGUGUCGACGCCUCGGAUACAUUCUACUUCACAGCUGAACCGGAAGCCCGCAUCAGCGUCAUCGAGGGUCAGCGGCUGAUCCUCCCGUGUGAUGUCUCGGAGCACGAGCACAUUGACUUCCAUUGGACCUUCAAUAACUACCUGAUCGAGAACAGUACACGCCGCUACCAGAACGGCUCCCAGCUGAUCAUCGACCCGGUGUACCGGCUGCGGGAUACCGGGCAGUAUCAGUGUACGGCACGCAAUGCCUCCUCGGGAUUUUCCCGGUCAUCGCGACUGGCGGAACUGGACAUUGAAUGGCUGGAUUACAGUGUGGCGGUGCGGGCCGUGGAGGGGGUAGCGGGGGGAUUGGAUCUCCGGUGUCAGGCGCAGGGAAUUAAUCUGGGAUACCGCUGGUACCGGAAUAAUGUGGAGAUCGCCGUGGACGGGCAGCGGGUGACGAUGGAGGAGGAGCGGCUCGUGAUACGCAGUUUAUCUGUGGCCGAUAACGGGGUGUACUCGUGCACGGUGAAGAAUGGCUUCGGGGAGGUGGAUAGUAGUGAGGAUUAUGUGGUGACGCUCAAGGGAAAUGAUAUCGCCAAUAUUAAGGUGCUGCCAAAAGACGUGACAGUCCGACUGGGUGCUCCAGCACAGUUCGACUGCGUUUUCGAGGAUGCCGUCAAAGUGGAAUGGUAUCACCGCAGCGAUGAUGUCUUGAAGAACUCCACGGGACGGCGGACUCUCUAUCCCAAUGGCACGCUCUUCCUCCCCAAAGUUAAGCCGGAGGAUGAGGGAUAUUAUCGCUGUGCGGGAUAUCGGAAUGACAAGGACACCAGGACGCGACAAGUGUACACUACGCGGCUCAAAGUUGCGCAUCUGCCGGUGUUAUCGCGAGGGAAUUUAUUCCCCCGCCCGACCGUCAACAACCGCUACAUCGCCAAGUCGGGAUCGACGCUGGAGGUGUACUGCAAUGCCAGCAUGAAGGAGGCAUUCCCGCGUCCCACCGUCGAAUGGACCAGCGGGAAGGGCGUGCAGGUGGCCGCUGGGCCGUUCUGGCUGAUUGAAGGUGUGCAGACCAGUCAUGCCGGCAACUACACGUGCUCCGCUCGUACACCGUUUGCUGUGGAAAACUACACCGUCUUCCUUAUUGUUACGGUGCCGCCGGUUAUUUCGCGGGAGCCGUCCGACGUAACGGUGAAUGAAGACGCUUCCUUCCAGUUAAUCUGCUCCUACAAAGGCUCCCCGCCGCCCCUGACCGCCGUCACCUGGCACCGUUUCCCCGCCGGAUCCCGCCAGUCGAUCCCCAUCACCAUGGGAGACCGUUGGAGCGUCACGUUUCGCGAUACAUCCAGUGUUUUAUCCGUUAGUCGCGCCGUGGCCGACAUUGACGCCGGCCAGUAUCGUUGCCAGGUGAAGACUAACGGGUUUGAGCCGGUAUUGUCGGAGCCAGCCGUUGUGAAGGUGCGCGAACGACUCAAGUUUCUCAACACACCGAUGAACCAGCAUUUAAUUCUCAACGAACACGAGAAGGUGGUAUGCGCGGUCAAGUCGCGCGAUCCCGUUACCAUUCAGUGGAGUCUACACGAUGGUAAACCCUUCCCGCAGCAUGUCAAACCCCUGCCCAACGGCACCCUGUCCUUCGAGGGCGUCCAGUACUCCGACCAGGGCUCGUACCGGUGCUCGGCCAGUACCCGCACAGAAUCCCUCAACGCCACCAUCCGCAUCGACGUGGUCACCCGGCCCGUCUUCACCGUGAAGCCUGCGGAACGCAUUGCGGUCGUCAGCGGCACCACCCUGGUCCUGCACUGCAACGGCACCGGGGAUCCGCUGCCGGUGGUGCACUGGAGCCGCACUAACGAGUUCAAUCAGACUGUCGAGGGACGCUGGGAAGUCCUGGAAAACGGGAGUUUGCUCAUCGGGGCGGCACGGAUGAACGAUUCCGGGACGUAUGCGUGUACGAUCGGGAGUAAGGGCGGAUUCGAUCGGGCCGAGACCGUCGUGAUGGUUCACAUGGAGGCACCGUCGACCGUCACCCAGACCAUCAGUAUUACCAUCGCCUGCGCGGUGUGCUACGUCCUAGUGGUCCUGGUGAUGGUGGUGGUGUGCAAACGGAAACGUGCCCGCAAGGCGGAAGCCUCCAGUCAGCCGAUGGCCCCCUUCUCACCCACCCAUACCGCCUCCUAUCCCGGAACCGGUCCGGAAUCCCAGGCAUUGCUCAUGCAGAAUACAUCCGUCCAUAAUCCGUUUGCGUUGACCCAUCCGCAGUCGGCAACGUCGCAAAGGCGGCUAGAAAAAGCGGGGAUCAUAUCCGGUGGAAGCGAUGACUGCCGGUAUUCACCGAUUACCAGCUCGGCGUAUUCCAGUGCCGUGAACAGCAGCAACAGCAGCGGAAUGUAUUUCUCGCGGAAUCAGCUGAUCAAUAAAAAGCUGCUGGGACGGGGACAUUUCGGUGAAGUGUUGGUGGCGGGGACGCGCGACUGCCCGUACUCCUUCGUGAUGGUCAAGACGGUGCAGACCCGCGAUGAAGAGCUGCGCAAACGCUUCAACACGGAGAUGGACAUGCUGUUCCGCGUGGACCACAUGAACGUGGCCAAAUACGUGGGCUUGUGCCGGGCGACGAGCAGUCAUCCGGAUUGGGUACUCUUCGAGCACUACGAGUACGGGGAUCUCUGUGGAUUUGUGCGGACGCACAAUAAACGCCUGACCAUGUGGCUGCUGCUGGAUUUCGCUCAUCAGAUUGCUCAAGGUAUGCAGUGCAUCUCCGAAGCCCGCUACAUCCACCGCGACCUAGCCACCCGCAACUGCAUCGUCCAGGUCAGCCCCGGCGGCCAGCCCAUCAUCAAGGUCAGCGUCAUGUCCAUUACGCGCGACGGCGCCUACGACCGCGACUACGUCCAGCAGCACAACCAGCUGAUCCCGCUGCGCUGGAUGCCGGCGGAGGCGGUGUUCGAGGAUGAGUUCAGCGUCAAGAGCGACGUCUGGUCCUUCGGUGUGGUCUGCUUCGAGCUGCUGACGCUGUGCCGCGUACAACCGUAUGCGGAAUACUCCGACAUCGAGGUGUCCAAGUGUCUGGAGACGGGGACGCUGGAGCUGGAUUUGAAGGAGGUGGGCGGGGAACAGAGCCGGAAGUUGAUCCGGCAGUGUCUGGAGAAGAACCCCAAGGAUCGGCCGACCUUCGGGAUGAUUGUCAGUCUGUGGGCGUGCUAUUACAAGUCGGAUGAUAGUUCCAGUGAAUAUCAGGAGAUUGGGCCGCGAUUCGCGUGAGAUUGACGGAACUGUCGGUGGAAAUGUUUUUUUAUGUUUUUAUUGUUGAAGAUGUUCCGGUUUACUUUCGUGCUCAGUGUGUUGUUGUUGCUUUUUUUAGACAGUCAGUGACUCACUUGGUCGAGUGUUUCUUGCCGGUUGUGAAAUCAAAAGCGUAAUUUGCUCACGUUCGAUGUUCAGGUGCAAAAUAUAAAAU